ACUGGUGAAAAAAUAGGUGUCCUAUACGCAAAACGUAACGGCAAGACGAUGGAUAACGGGCUUGAAGGUUUUGGAUCUUCAGCAGCCGCCGAACUAGUCGCUCCGCUGAUACCGUCACGAGACCAUUGGUCCCUUCGUGACCAGCUGAUUGAACGCGAAUCAGCCUCCAAUGACCCAAUGAGUUUGGUGAACAUUGGAGAUCCUUCGUCCUAUAACGAGCUUUACACCAAAUUACCUGACGACGGCUGGUUCCGUGUACUCAUCAUCGCUCCUGGUGACUAUCACUCCUCAAUCACAUGUUGGCUGAAGAGUUUCCGACGUGAAGAUGCCGUCAACCAGUACGAAGCUUUAUCGUAUAGCUGGAAUGAGAAUGAGGAAUGGUAUAUACCGCAAAGUGAACGGGAGGCGGUAUUGAUCGAAUGUAACAACGAGGAGGUGUCUGUGAAUCUGAGCUUGGGCAAGGCGCUCCGGCAUCUUCGCAACCCAAAAAUUCCACGCAUAAUGUGGAUUGAUAGACUGUGCAUCAACCAGGACGACCCCGAAGAGCGAUCUCAGCAGGUCCAAGUCAUGAGCCAUAUAUACAGCCAAGCUUCUCGUACAAUCGUGUGGCUUGGAAAGUAUGACGAUACUACUAUUUACAACGGGCUUUCGGUCAUUUGCCAAACGAUUAAUUCAUGGGAUUACUCACAGAGGGCAUUGUUCCAUAAGAUUGACUUGGAUACCGGAGAAACGACCCCAUGUCAAGUCACCCCAAGUGAAGAGUCGAGUUCUGACAUCUUGGACCCCCAAAGUCCGUUAUCGCUCUUGUUUGAAAGGACAUGGUUCGAGCGACGAUGGGUCAUCCAGGAGAUAGUACACUCCAAACAAAUUGCUGUUAUGGUCGCCAAUUACACUAUACCUUGGGACUACCUAGGCAUGGCCGCCGCCAUUCUUCGCGUCGAACACAAUUCUCAUGCGGUGGGCGUUGCCAAUACGUACCUGAUGUUUAGGCUCAGAAACUCUGAUGAGCUACCAUCGCUUCGAUUAUCGUUUCUGCAUUUGAUACGCUUGACUUCUGGGUUCGACAACAGCGAACCAAAGGAUGAGGUUUAUGCGCUUCUGAACCUCUCCACAUCAGACAGCGGCCCGGCAUUGCCAAUAGUGCCAAUUGAUUAUACCUGCUCAAUGGAAACCGUUUAUCGAAGAUUGGUCGAACAAUUUCUUACGCAGACGUCUCCUUUGUCGUUUCUUGAAAAUGCACACGGCCUGGGCUAUGACGCGGCGACUAACACCAGCUGGCUGCCCAAAUUCCACGCAAAGCAUACCUUCCGCCCGAUGCUUUCUCCGUGGGCGAUUGACGCUCUAUUUGCGCCUUCUCGGGGAUUGGAGUUUGAAGCAUCUGUAACCCCAAAUGCCGAAGAAUUAAAUGUCAGAGGGAUCGAGUUCGCAACCGUCUUGUGGGUAAGCCCUAUGUUAAAUUAUAACUGGAGCACAAACUGUACCAUAAUUUGGGAUUGCCUGAAAAUAUAUGCGGGGAUUGCAAAAUCGACCCAGGAAAUCCUUGUUAAAAUGUCGCGAACCCUCUGCGCGGGUCGUAACAGGUCAAGUGAGGUGGAGAGCGACAGAGCGGCAUUUGUUGGUAGCUUCGCAGCAACAUUGCUCAAAUGGCUCCCAGAACAGGAUGACGCCGCAAGAUCUCGGCUCAACACGCAUCUAAGCGAGGCUGGGAGGGGCCAUGAUGCUGAUGAUUUUAUACGGGUUGCUGCUGAUGCGUGUCCUUGCCACGCUCUCUUCCUUACCAGCGGAGGACACCUCGGCAUCGGCCGCAGCGACACGACUCCCGGGGAUUCAGUUUGGAUCCUUGCGGGUGCAACUUUACCCUUUGUUCUCAGGAAGACAGACAAAUAUUGGAACCUGGUUGGAGAGUGCUUCAUAGAUGAAGUGAUGGAUGGACAGAUCGUGCGCUCAAUGCACAGUGGUACACCUUUUUCCUUGGACUCGGGCACUAAAAGUUGUGUGGAUCACAUGUCUAUGGGUAGUAUGCUUCCACCAUCAACGAUGCAAAUCUGGGACAGCUGGAAGAGUUUGUUGGUUCAGGGAAUGAAGGAAAAGUACAGAAAACUUCGCGCUUUGACGAUUACACUGAGGUAG